AGAAAAUGUUCUUAAAAUUAAUAUUAUUUUACAAUGGCAGCACCGGAAAAGUUUUGAUUCGUGGAUUCUUGUUUCAUUUUCGUUCUCCGUGCCGCGUUGUGUCAACCUGUGCCGCUGACAGCUUGUGACAGGCUGAGAAACAAUUUUUCGAAUUUCUGUGCCUUUGUGCGGGCCAAUACCCUUUUUUGUUUGUUGUGUUUAUACAUAGAAAUAAAUCAAACGUUACAUUGUUAUCCUAGUUAUAAUUUUGAUGCUGUGCAUGUGUUAUUAUCAAUUUAAAAAGUCAGCUGUAGAACAGCUGAUUCUGUUGUGAAUAUUUUAAUUUCGGUAUCCUAAAAGGCGAAGAGAUUCCUAAAUGUAUUUAAUUAUAUGUAUAUGUAACUGUGAUAUACAGUCACGAUAAGUGCCAAAUAUAUUAAUAGAUAAAUAAAUUAAUUAAUUAAUAAAUAAGCUAAUUAAUAAUGGAUCCCGGAUAUUUUGAUAUCGAGAGGAAACAGAAUCCGAGGGAGACGGCCAGCUUCAUUUCGAAGUGUUGUUUUUGGUACACAAAGCCGAUAUUCGCGAAAGGCAGGAAAGGUCAGCUGAGCAUAUCAGAUGUUUAUAGAUGUACACCGGGUCACAAGGCGGCGCCGCGCGGCGACACUAUGGGCGUACAGUGGAAGAAACAGUUGCAGAAAAAAGAAAAAGGCAAGCAACCAUCGCUGCUGCGUGCGAUAAUACGCACCCACGGGCACAAAUUUAUCAUAGGAAAUAUUAUAUACGCCAUUUUAGAUGCAUCUAUAAGAUUGUCAAUACCGAUGUGCUUAGAAGGUCUAAUCAACUACUUCUCUCCGUCCCACGCCGGCGUCACAGCUAGCGAGGCGUAUCUAUACGCUCUCGGUGUUGUGGGUCUAAUGGCGCUGAGUGCUAGCUUAGUGCAUCCCAUGUUGCUAUGGUUACUGGACAUGGCUAUGAAAGUACGCGUCGCUUGCGGAUCACUCAUUUAUAGAAAGCUACUUCGUCUAGAUUUAACCAAAGGAGGUAAAGCUUCCGAAGGUUUAGCUGGUCACGUAGUGAACCUCCUUACGACAGAUGCCCAACGGUUCGACAUGGCCAGUCUCUUCAUGGUCGAUCUCGUCAGGACCCCAAUAGAGAGCGCCCUCAUAGUCUACCUAAUGUACAGGCAGAUUGGGGUCGCGACAUUCUUUGGGGUCGCUUUCCUACUCAUGUUCAUUCCGUUACAAGGUUACUUAGGAAAAAUAUCUAGUAAAUUACGUCACCAAACGGCGAUACGGACAGACAAUCGAAUUAGACUGAUGAAUGAAGUUAUACAGAGCAUUGAGGCUAUUAAGAUGUACGCGUGGGAGAAUGCCUUCGCUAAAAUUAUCGGGAAGGCUAGAAAGAAAGAAAUGAACGUUAUAAAGAAAAUGUCAUGGCUUCGAGCCGUUAUGAUAUCCUGUGUCAAAUUAAACACGAAAGUGGCCAUUUUGUUAAGCAUAAUGUCUUACAUAUCAUUCCAAAAUGAAUUGACAGCGGCUAAAGUAUUCGUUAUUUUCUCGUACUAUGAAAUUUUGAAAUACACGCUUGUUGACUUUCUCCCUCUUGCAAUUACUUUUACAUUGGAAGCUUAUGUGAGUGUGAAAAGGAUGCAAGAGUUUUUGUUGCUUCCUGAGGUGGAUAAUCAGGAUGGGGUCGACCUGUUGACUAUUGAAGAGAAGUUGGUGCAAUCAAAUGGAGUUUUUGAGAAGAUUGGUAACGGACAGCAAGCGUAUAUCAAGUCGGAAACCAACCUAGAACAGAUAAAGCCGCCCGUGCUAAUAGCAAUGAAGGAUUACACAGCUCACUGGAAAAACGUCGACGAUGAAGGCAUCGAUGGAAAGAUACCAGCUCUUGAAGAUAUCAAUUUAACUAUAAAACCGGACACCCUAACGACAGUAGUAGGCACAGUAGGGUCAGGCAAGUCCACGCUCCUGCAGGCCAUGUUGAGGGAACUCACGCCCACCUCUGGACACCUUCACGUCCACGCUAUCGUGGCUUACGCGUCACAAGAACCGUGGCUGUUUGAGGCUUCCGUCCGUCAAAAUAUCCUAUUCGGUCAGGAUAUGGACCUGCGAAGGUAUAAACAGGUGAUCAAGUGCUGUCAGCUGAAGACUGAUCUGGAGAUACUUCCACAUGGAGAUAAGACGGUCGUGGGGGAAAGAGGUGCCUCUCUCUCCGGCGGUCAGCGCGCGAGGAUAUCGUUAGCUCGAUGUGUCUACCAGAACGCUGAUGUCUAUCUACUGGACGACCCACUCGCAGCUGUCGAUGCUAAGGUAGCCCAAGCGAUAUACGAAGAUUGUAUCCGUAAUUUCCUCCGCGACAAGGCGACAGUUUUAGUCACACAUCACGUGCAGUACGCAAAACAUGCUCACAACGUCUGCGUCAUGAGGUCCGGCAGAAUCGUAGCACAAGGCACAUACCACGAGUUGAAGAACGGAGUAGCAGAGUUUGAGAAAUUGAUAGAGAUGGGGGAGAAGGUGGAAGAAGAGAAACAGAAGCAGAAGAAUUACGAGAACACCGAAAGCGUGGAACAUAGUUACAAGCUCCGAUCUCAACGGUCCAUGUCUGAAGCGUCCCAGUUGUCUUUCAAUCUAGAUCUAGACAAUAAUCUAGAUCCGAAAUACGAAGGUGAAAGUCAAAAGAAGGGUUCAGUGGAUAACAGCGUGUAUGUGGCUUACAUACGCAGUGGGGGCAGCACGCUAUCAAUGGCUCUGCUUAUCCUACUGUUCUUGUUGGCUCAAUUCUUUUACUCCUCAACCGACGUGUGGCUUAAAGAAUGGGUGAACUUAGAAGAAGCAAACAGCGCUAUUUCGGUAGCUCGUGCAGCGAAUGCUACGCAAACGUCUAACAGUACCGGAGAGGCUCCCAUAGUACCUCCACCAACGAACUUUGAAGAUAUACCAUCGAACCGCUUCCACCUGACCCGGGAGCAGUGCCUGUACAUCUAUGGAGGGUUGAUAGGAAUCUGCAUAGUGUUCACGUGGAACAAGCUGGUCAUAUUCUACAACACCUGCAUCAGGGCAUCCGUCACUCUUCACGAUAACAUGUUCAGGGGAGUGACGAGUGCUCCGAUGUGGUUCUUCCACCACAACCCUUCGGGCCGUAUCCUCAACCGGUUCUCCAAGGACAUGGGGCAGGUGGACACGUUACUUCCCGUCGCUCUCGUUGAUUGCCUAGGGUUCUUCUUGGAAGUGAUAGCUAUCCUCAUAGUGGUAUGCCUAGUGAACUGGUGGCUCCUGCUGCCGACGGGCGUGGUGGCCGUCCUACUGUUCCUGCUCAGGGACCUCUUCCUCAAUACCAGUCGGGAGUUGAAGAGGAUAGAGGCUAUCGCUCGAAGUCAAUCCUUGAACCACUUGCAAGCGACGGUAUCAGGUCUGACGACGAUCCGUGCAGCCAGGCAACACCAGCGCACCCUGGCGAGGGAAUUCGACAAGCAACAAGACCUUCACUCGUCAGCGUGGACCUUGGUCCUGAACACGAACAGGGCCUUCGGAUUCUGGAUGGACAUGAUAUGCUGUUUAUAUCUCGCCUUUGUGACCUUCAGCUUCUUCCUUUUCGCUUCUGAAGACACUCUUGGCGGUAACGUGGGUCUAGCGAUAACCCAAGUAAUAGGUCUGGUUGGUAUGUGCCAGUACGGCAUGCGACAGACUGCCGAAGUAGAAAACCAAAUGACUUCCGUUGAAAGAAUAUUGGAAUAUACAAAUCUGCCGCCUGAAAUGCCUGUCGAUGUCGACAAAGAAGCGCUGAAGAGGGAACAACCCGCGCUCGACUUUGACAAGUGGCCGACAAAAGGUGAAAUAGUAUUUGAGGACGUAUCCCUAGAGUAUGAGAAGCCCCCGGGCGCCGGCGGAGAGCCUGCGUACGCUAUCAAAGGCGUCAACUUCACCGUCAACCCGGCUGAGAAAGUCGCCGUCGUGGGCAGGACUGGGGCAGGGAAGAGCUCGCUUUUAAGUGCGCUGUUUAGACUGGCCCGCGUGACGGGUGGUGUCCGCGUGGACGGGGUGUCGGCGGCGAGCGCGGGGCUGCGCGCGUGGCGCGGCCGGCUGUGCGCGCUGCCGCAGCGGCCCGCGCUGUUCGCCGCCGCGCUGCGGGACAACCUCGACCCGGAGGGGCUCUACUCCGACGCCGACAUCUACAAGGCCUUGGACCAGGUGGAGCUGCGCGAAAUGGUAAGCAAGAUGCCGGCGGGGCUGAACACCAAAGUGGGGGACGGGGGGGGCAACCUGUCCGCGGGACAGAGACAGCUCAUCUGUCUCGCUCGCGCGGCGCUGGCCGGCUGCAAGGUGCUCGUACUGGAUGAGGCCACUGCCAACGUCGAUACUGACACGGACAAGCACAUCCAGCGAACAAUAAGGACCAAGUUCGCGAACUCCACAGUGCUGACCAUCGCGCAUCGACUCAACACAGUCAUGGACUACGACCGAGUCAUCGUCAUGGACAAGGGUCGCGUGGUGGAGUCAGGUCAUCCAUUCGAGCUGCUGACUCAGUCAGGCGGGCAGCGGAAGGAUGAUGCGGUGCCCAGAAAUAGGAUCCUGUCCAAGAGUCAGGCGCCGCUGGCCAUUCCCGAGAAUUUCACGUUCGAGCCGAGCACAGCACAGAGUGACCAGAACGAAACUGUCGUCUUAGCUAGAGACAGGAUACGGACUUAUUCGGGACGAUCGGAGGUAUCAGAGAGCGAGGGCGGCGGUAUCUUCAAGGCGCUGGUGGAACAGACUGGGCAGGAGACUGCCGCAUUGCUUUACAAAAUGGCUGAAGAGAGCUACAACAAAAUGUUGGAAUCGAAGAAGAAUUCUUGAGUUUACACAGAAACUGUACUGUCUCGAUACAUUCCUGCCCAGUGCCUUAAUGCGACGGUAGCGUAAUGUAGAUAUAGCCAUCUAGAUAUACAUACACCUACUAUAUGUACGGGAAUUUUCGUGUCAAACAUUCCCGAAAAAUUCCCGCUU